AUGGAUUACGAUGCGAUGAAGCUGUCCACAUCUUUCGAGGACGACUUUGAUCAGCUUUCACGAAGCUUUGUGCGAUGAAAUCACUAUCCCGACCAACAUAUCUGAAAAACGUUUUACAAUAAGCCUCUUUUUAACUUCAAAUUUAUUGAUCUCUACUUUUUAAUUACCGAGACCCAACAAGAACUCACUUUUUGUGCACUGUUGAUGGUGACGAAUCACCCUCCCGGCGAACAUCGAAGUCCGAUUCUUUUGCCCGACGAGAACACGUAGACGAUAUUUGGGAAGUAAGCAAGUAAAAAGUACUAAAUGACGACGAAACGCAAAAAAUGGCUGGUCAUAAAAAUUUUUGUGUGUUUUCAGGAUAUGCUCAAUGCAGAAGCCAGUGUUCAACAGCGUUUCACUGAUGCUUGUAACAUCCUUAGAGACAGAAAUCGCCAGUAAACUUCUGGUUCUGAGGAGAGUACAGAACAGGCGGGGUACUUAUUUUAUUGUUUUAUGAAAAAGCUAGAAAACGUGUUUUUAUGAAUUUUACUGGAAUAUUAGGAUUUUGAAGAUUGGAAAAACGGACGUCAAAUCGUUCUAUUUUGUUUGUUAUUUCGGAAGCGAUUAUACUCUCAAACAGGGAAUUAUGAAAAAUUAAUAAUGAAAUCGCAGUUAAUUUCAAAAUCAUCUUUAAAAAAUAUUUUACUCACGAAUUUAUACUUUCAACUCAACUUGAACCGUUUUCAGAAGUUUUCUCAAUCUCAAUCUUCUACGUUCGACAACCCGACAACUUCCAGCGACACGAUCUUUGCAGCUUUCAACGACGCCAUCAAUUACGUGAACAAUUGAAAAAAAUAACCUCUGGACUGUUUUCUUGGCAAGAAUGA